UUCCGACUCCGGAGUUGCGGCCGUCACAACUUGGAGUCGUCACGAUCUCUAUAACCAACAACAACAACAACAACAACAAGUCUUCACUCACGUUGUUUGUUGAUCAAGGAGUAAAACUCUUAAGUCAGUUCAAUAUAUGUUGGUGGACUCCCUGGUGGUAGAGCGUAAGUGUCUAGUGUGGUGGCUCUGAAUAACCUCAACAACAACACUCGCUACCACAAAAAUGAGGCAGUUAAAAUAUGCCGAGAAAAAGCUACUUAAACAUACAGACUUCCUGAAGUGGGAGGUGGACAACAACCUGAAAGAAGUCAAAAUUUUGAAGAGGUACAUGAUACAAAGAAGAGAUGAUUAUACGCUAUACAACAAGAUGUCCAGAGAAACUAGAGAGUUGGCAAAUAAAAUAAAGGAUUUAGAUCCUAAAGACCCUUUUAGAAUGGAAGCUAGUGGAAGGCUUAUUGAAAAAUUGUACACCAUGGGACUGAUUCCAACCAAGUGGAACUUGGAGUUUUGCAAUCGUGUGUCGGCCUCAUCAUUCUGCCGUCGACGUCUACCGUGCAUCAUGGUUCGUAACAAAAUGAGCCCAAAUUUAAGCACUGCUAUUACAUUUAUCGAGCACGGUCACAUCCGCGUUGGUCCUGAAGUUGUGAAAGAUCCAGCCUUUCUCGUUACAAGAGCCCUGGAGGACUAUGUGACAUGGGUUGAUACUUCAGCUAUCAGGAAGCAUGUCAAAGAGUAUAACGAAGAGAGAGAUGACUUUGACCUCAGCAACUGCUAGAUUAUUAUUAUAAUCAAGGAGGAAGCGCUAAACCCAGAGGAUUAUACAGCGCCUGGGGGGGGGGGAUGUGGAAGGCAUUCAGGCUUAAUUUGGGGAACUGGAGCACAGAUCAGCAACUGCUAGAGUGGAAUAUAGUUUCUCAAAUACUUUAAGAAUAAAGUUGAAAUUCA